CAACAACAACACCAUGAACGAUUGCUGUGGUAAUGAAAUGCGUAGCGAAUCCAUAUCGAAUAUGCUCAAUGUCAUUGUGGAAUCCAAAAUAAUCAGCAUUGAAGUGUUCACCGCAGCUGUGGGUAUACUCUUUAUGGUCGUCAUGUUGAAGAAUAAAUUCUGGAGUUUUUGUGGCACUUGA